AUGAAGCAAGCUCUCUUCUCUGUCCUACUUUCCUCCUUGGCCUUCAACCUUCCUGCCUUCGCAGCCAAUGCUCGUGCCAGACGGGAAAUCGUCGUCACCGUCACCGAGACUGUCACCGGCUCCAACCCGGCCGCCGCGACGCCCUACGACUGGGCCGCUGGCGCAACAAAAGACUACCCCAUACACCCCUCCUGCAACGCCACUGAGCGCGCCCUCCUCACCAAAGGCCUAAACGAAGCCAUCAAGCUAGCCCAGCACGCCAAAGAGCACAUCCUGCGCUUCGGCAACAGCUCCGCCUUCUACACCAAGUACUUCGGCGACGCCCCUACCGGCGAGCCCAUCGGCUGGUACGACCGCAUCGUCAGCGCCGACCGCGGCGGCAUCUGGUUCCGCUGCGACGACAUUGACGGGAACUGCCAUCAGGAUGGCUGGGCCGGCCACUGGCGCGGCUCCAACGCCACCUCCGAAACCGUCAUCUGCCCCCUCUCCUACGCGACCCGCCUCCCGCUCGAAGCGCUCUGCGGCUUCGGCUACACCGUCGCGGGCGGCAAGCUCAACACUUUCUUCGCCGCCGACCUCGUCCACCGCCUGUACCACCUCCCGGCCGUCGGCGAGACCGCCGUCGACCACUUCGCCGACACCCACGCCGAGUGCGUCGCCCUGGCCCGCGCCGACCCCGCCCGCGCCGUGCGCAACACGCACAGCCUGCAGUACUUUGCGCUCGAUGUGUACGCUUGGGACGUCGCACUGCCGGGGGAGGGGUGCACGGGGAGGGAUGGGGCGGACGGGGGGGGUGGGUCGUCUUCUUCUUCUGCUGUUGCUGCUUCUUCUUCGACGACGCCUUCGCCUUUGGUUUCCGUUGCGUCUGCUGCCGCUACUGGCGGUGGUCAGGAGUGCCACUCCCACGCUGAUGGCGUCGUGCACUGCAUUGCGGGCGAGACGGCCUCGGCGUCGUCUACCAGCGCUGUUGCUGCGUCGUCGACGGCCGAUGCACCUACGGAGUGUCAUACACAUGCUGAUGGAGUUGUCCACUGUGCGUGA